GCGCGCGCCGCCGACAUGGGCAACCAUUCAUCCUCCCACGCCGCGCACAAGACACGGAAGAACGUCCACUGGAAGUCAGCAGGGCGACCGGCGGCGCCUGGCAAGCCGGAUAUAAUUCCGCUUCUUUCCGACGAGGAGCCGAACGCCAUCACAUUGAAAUGGCCAGCUCCCGCGCAAGACGGCGGUGCGCCACUGCGUGGUUACCAGGUGGAGUGCAACCGGCUCGGCUCGGUGGAGUGGGUUCGCACGGCGCCACCCAUUGUACUGCGCCCUGAGCUGCUGCUCACCGGCCUUGAACCCCCGCAUCGCUAUCAGUUCCGCGUGGCGGCUAUCAACGCCGUCGGCCGUUCCGAGUACAGCGAACUUUCCGACGUUCUCACCGUCAACUCCGACAGCCCCAUCCAGUAUCCCCCAGUGUUUGACCAGCACCUGGAGGAUGUGACCGCGCUAGAAAACGAUAAGACGGAAUUCCGCGUAACUUUCUCGGGCAUGCCUCACCCGACGAUAGCGUGGUUUAAGGACGACUACGAAAUAUUCAGCAGCAGACGAACGGCCAUUUCGACGAACGAGUCGUCGAGCGUUCUCGUUUUUUAUCAGACUCUACCGAGCGACGAAGGAGAGAUAAAAUGCACGGCCACGAACCGCGCCGGACACGCUGUGAGCAGGGCGAGGCUGUCCCUCGAAGCCGCUCCGAAACUGCGCUACCCACGGCAGUACGAGGACGGUUUGUUAUACGAAAUUAAUGAAACAAUUUUCCUAAAAACAACGGUCGUGGGCAAACCCACCCCCGUCGUGGAAUGGCGUCAUGACGGACAACCGAUAAGCGUCGACGAUCGAGUGCAAAUUACAAACACACCAAAAUUUUCAGUGUUAAAGAUUACUUCGGCUCAGCGAAGUGAUCGCGGCGAGUACCAGAUCCACGCAAAGAAUAACAUCGGUGAAGACACUGCCGCAUUCCUCGUGACCGUGACGGCACCCCCUGACCCGCCCGUGAAUGUCUCGGUAGCGCGGCAAGUCGACAAGUCCGUGACAUUGGACUGGGAACCGCCCGAAGACGACGGCGGCUGUCGCAUCGGCAACUACGUGGUCGAGUACUACCGCAGCGGCUGGAAUGUCUGGCUGAAGGCGACUACGAGCCGCAAAACCAACGUCACUCUAUUCGAUCUGAUCGAAGGCAGCGAAUAUCGGUUUCGCGUGAAGGCCGAAAGUCCGUACGGAAUGAGCGCACCGAGUAAGGAGUCAGCGCCGGUGAAGAUUCCCGGUCGGUCUGUGGAUAUGGAGUUCCUCGCUGUGGAAUCAAGGAUUAUUACCGAAGCUCUGACGCGAGAGGGAGGGGAGGAGGUGCCUGUGUCUCCGGCGCCCAGACGCAAACGUGCCUCCGCUGCAGCCAACACCCAGCAAGCCCCCGCGGCCUCCGUCUCUCCCGUGCCUCUCAGAAAACAGAAGAGAGUCUCGGUGCCAAACGAAGCCACCAGCAACGAAUUCAUGCUGGUGUUGUAUCCAGCCAAGGCUAACGAUAAAGCUGAAAAGAGGAAGUCUUUUCAAUUAGACUUAGAAGACGCACUUUCCCCUCCACCGAUCUCGUUGUCGGCUCCAGAGCUCAGUUCGCGCUGCGUGAUGCCGUUCAAAGCGCUUCGGAACGCCGUCAGCUCAACGGAACUGCUCCACGAGCGUGCCAUGGCUCGCUUCUAUAAAGCGGUAGCGUUAAAAGAAGGUCAAAACAUACAAAAAGAUAAUAAGUCACUCUCACGUGAACAAAAUCACAUUCCGUACGCCAGCAAUCGAAACGAUACACUCGAAGAAGAAAAACCGAAAACCAAAGAAAUAGAUGAAAACAAUUUCAAACCUCCAGAAAUACUAAUCAAAUCAGAAUCAGUGGAAAGCAAGGAAAUCAAAUUUAGCCCGGAUACGCGACAGGAUUCUGUAAACUCAGAUAAAUGGCAGCAUAUGUCAUUCGAUGAUGACUAUACCGCGAGUACUGUGUCAACAGAUGGAGACUAUUCAGAUGAGGAAGAAGACAGUCUUACCGAAGACAUUCAAAGGGAAAGUCAGUUGAUUGAAGAAGAAGAAACAUACCACCCGAGAGAUAAAAUAACUCGACCUUCUUCCGUAAACGAAACCAUAGAGGAAGAGGAGGAAUCUGAAAACGAACCAUUGAAACCUUUACCUUUGCCAGACCCUAAUUUUGUUCCAAAACCUAUACUAAAGAAAAGAGACCUGAACCUGGUGAGUAACAAAACAAUAGAGCCAAAGACUACAAAACAAGAGAAAAAUACCGACAAUAGAAAGAAAAAAGAUGAUAAAGCAAACAUAUUUAGCAAAAUAACUAAGCAAAAACCAUUUAGUUUUCCCAAAAUGCUUAGUAAAAAACAAAACGGCAAAACUUCGCAAGAUAAUUUAGAAACAAAAGAAGAAAAGUCCACAAAAGUUGAAACGAUCGAUGAUAAUUUCGGCGACGAAGGAAGAACUGUUAUUGAUUACUAUGGGAAUAUUGUCAAAGAGUAUGGCAGUCACAAAAAAACAAGCACACCGUUGUACCUUAACACAGAAGAUCUUAAGCAGGUAGCAGAAAAACAAUCGAGCGAAGAAACUAAGGCACAAGAUAAUGAAGUAGUUGAACCAAAAAAGCUUGUUAAUAAAUCUGAAAAGUCAAAAAUGAAAGGUAAUUCUGUGAAAGCAAAAAAUAAAGUAUCUUCUGCUAAUCAACAGACACGACAAAAGAAACCCGUAAAUUUGGAAAAAUCAAAGGUAGCAAAUGAGAACAAGGAAAAGUUAAAAGCCUCUGGUUCACAACAACAGCACCAUCAGCAGAAACCCGAGAAACUGCAAGCUAAUGACACCCGUGUCGUACUAAAAACGACCGAACGAGCGACCGUCGUUAUACCUAUAGAUUAUAAAAAACUAGAAGAGCGAGCUAAGGUAAACGUUAGAUCUGCGAUAGAUUACACUGUAGACGUAUGCUUGUUGAUACUGGCCUUCUGGGUUUAUUUCUUUAAAGAUGAAAGAUUAGCAAUUCCAUUUUUAAUACUCAUUAUUUAUCGUCAAGUUCAAGAGACAAUUAUGCAAAAUAUUCCCGACUGGAUCAACCGCUACACGCCUCAGUGGCUAAAGAAGAAGACAUCUUGACGAUACCCAAAAGACAAUGUGCGAUUAUUUGAUUGUAAUGUGAAUAAUGUGUUUUGUGAGUUAUUGUGAAUUACUUUGCCAAAUAUUGUUUUUGUAAUGAAGUUUUUAUAUGUUUUAUGAAUUCAUUAUAAAAAUUAUUAAUA